GCCCUGGACAGUACAGCAGCAGCAGCAGCAGCAGGAGGAGGAGGCUGAGAAAACUGAAAGCUAGAAGUCAUGGCCAGAUUCCGGCCUAUAAAUGUUACGGUUGCAGGAUUCUUUCUUCUUCAAACAAUAUUCCUGAUUUUAAUCUACUCAAGGCACACAGUCUUGCCAGACACUGAAACAAAAACAGAGAAAGUCCAUCUGCUCAUUCUUUCAUCCUGGAGGUCGGGAUCGUCCUUCAUUGGGCAAAUCUUCAGCCAGCACCCCGAUGUAUUUUACUUGAUGGAACCAGCAUGGCAUGUAUGGAUGUCUAUGUUUCAAAACAAUGCCAAAGUCUUGCAUAUGGCAGUACGGGAUCUCAUUCGCUCUGUCUUCUUGUGUGACAUGUCUGUUUUUGAUGCUUACAUUCCAAAUAAGAAGAAUGUAUCAGAACUAUUUCAGUGGGCUGUUAGCAGAGCCCUGUGCUCAUAUCCUGCUUGCAGUCACUUCGAUCGUGAAGCUAUCACAAAUGAAACAGUGUGUAAAAUAAUUUGUAAGCACAACCCCUUCAGUAAAAUUGAAGAGUCUUGCAACACCUACAGUCAUAUUGUUUUAAAAGAAGUGCGGUUCUUUGAUCUAAAAGUUCUCUACCCGCUUCUCACUGACCCUUCUUUGAAUCUUAAAAUAAUUCACUUGGUUCGUGAUCCACGAGCAGUAGCCAAAUCCCGGGAGCAAGCCAUGAAAUAUUUGACUAGGGACAAUGGCAUUGUUCUUAACACCAAUGGCACAAAAAUAGAUGACAUCAGGUAUGAUGUCAUGCGAGAAAUCUGCCAAAGUCAUGCCCAGAUGUAUGAAACAGCCAUGGAUAAAGCUCCUAGUUUCCUUAAAGGCCGCUACAUGUUGGUGCGAUAUGAGGAUGUUGUGAGAGACCCUUUAAGGGAAAUAAACCAAAUGUAUGAAUUUGCCAACCUAAAAUUGACAGCCAAACUUAAAAACUGGUUCUAUAAUAUUACUCAUGGAGUAGGCCCCGGAACCAAAAAAGAAGAAUUUCAAACCACAUCACGGAAUGCAGUAAAUGUCUCACAGGCCUGGAGGAAAGAUCUGUCCUUCCAAAAAAUCCAGAAGAUCCAGACCAUAUGUAAAAGUGAAAUGAACCUGCUUGGGUACCAAUUUAUAGAUAGUGAGAAGGAGCGGAAGGACAUGUCUAUGGAUUUUGUACUGCCAAAGCGGAACUACCAGUUUAGCUGGUUGCCUAAUAAGGAGAAGAAAUAAGAGAAUGUCAUAUUUUUAUAUAUACGCUUAUUUAUUAUUUUUUGCAGCAAAUUCAAAGACAACCGUAAACUUUUUUAUUGAGUACAAAAUGACAAAGCUAACAUUUUACUAAAAAGCAGCAUUAUGGAAAUCCCAAUCUUUUAUUUAUUGCUGGUUGCCAUGCUGUAAGAUGUAGCAACAAGAAGACUGUAGCCUGGAGAUCCCUUGCACCAAAUGAUUUGCACUAGAAUGGAUCACUUUGGCCAUGGUUGUCCAAUCACAUGUGUCUGCCAGAUACUUGUUGAGGAAAAAUGAUGCAUUGACUAAUUAUCCAAGGCAGAUCAAACUUUUCAUUGACCAGAACACUCUUUUGAGCUUUCAUUGACCAUUGUUUCUCAGUUGAAUUAUUUCUUCAUUACUGUGUCUGGUCAUAUGUAAUAUUUAUUGGUGUUUGCUUUGUUAUUUAAAUUACUGAAUGGCAAAGUUAUAUGUGAAAAAAGCAGACCAACUGAUGAUCCAUAUCAGUUCACGUAUGGGUAGGCUUACCAACAACCAACUCCAUGCAUUCAUUUAUUAUGCACAUUUUGUAUGCCUUUCUGAUAUGAUGCACAUUCCCCAUUGAAGGGGCCUCACAGCUGGUCUUACACUCCUAGGAUCUCUCUAUCCCUGAGCCUAACCACUUGAGUCCCUUACCUGGCGGCAAUAUCACUGCAGAACACUAACCCUUCACUAACUCCUCGUUGGAGCCUUAGCUGCUCACUAACUUUCCUGAACUGAUCUGUCACUCCUGUAGUGAUCGAUUACAGUUUCUGACCUGACACUCACUUACUAAUAUACUGAGACCUACCUUCACCUCAGGCUCAAGUAGCACACCCCACUUCCAAUGGGUGCACUGAACAGAGAGAACACACAGCAACAUCCCUUUUUAUAACCUUUGGGGAACUACCCUCCCUCCCCUAUGGGAAAAAGGACCCAGCCUAGCUGGCUAACACUUUCACUGGGGCAUGAAAAACCUUUACCCUUUUCUAUAGUGACAUCUACUGGCCAGUCACUGAACUGCCAACAGAAUACGUUCACAUGAAAAUGAAACCAAAGAACUUAAAGGAAAACCUUUACACUCCUACAUUCAGUAGGCAACCUUCCUAUAUUAAGCAGAUGUUGUUUGCCUUUAGGAUGGCAGAGGGAUCAUCCACUGGGUGGGAAAUACAUAAUGGGACAUUCACUAAGAUUCGUAGUUGCGCCGCACUUCGCCAAGCGUAUUUUCGCCAGCGCACCGCAAAUUCACUAAAAUCCGAAGUUGCGCUCAGGGGUAGCGUAAGGUUGUGAAGUUGCGCUAGCGUUAAUUCACCAAGCAAAGCGAAGUUACGCUAGCGAUGGUUAAUUUGCAUACGGCGCCAAAUUGAAGUUACAAUGGAGGUAAUAUGUAGCUGAACUACACAAGCCUGGGAAACCUUCAAAACAGCAAAUACAAUUUUUAUUUUGCCCUACACAUGUGCCCACUGUAUAGUUAAGGUGCCAUGAGUUAGGAAAUGUAGCGGGGAAGGAGGGGAGCCCCAAAAAAUGUUUCGAUCGUUUUCAGCCUAUCACCCAUAAUAAAGAAAAAACGCCAGAGUUUUUUGGGACUUAGAAUUUUUUUUUACUUUUUUGAAGGAAUCCCUAUCUAUUCUAUUGCUAAUCGCCUGGUCUGAGGGGGUGAAGGAAGUCUAGCGUAAAAGGUAGCGUUCAGAACAAUGCGUGCGUUAGUGAAUUCGCGUAGUUAUGUCCGUUGCGCAAAUUCACCAGGCGUAAGGGUGUGAAGUAACACUAGCGAAGUUACGCCAGCGUCAGUAAGUGAAUCGGCGAAGUAACGAAAAUGCCCAACACUGGCGAAUUCACGCUAGCGUUAGGCGCUACGGCGCUUAGUGAAUUUGGCCCAUAGUUCUACAUCAA